CAGCGCACACACACGCACACGCGCACACACACACAGGCGGUUGUAGCUAGCUGCUGGUUAGCACCGCGGCAUAAAAACCUAGCAUUGUAUAAUAUUCAGUGGCACUAAAACAAAAAAUGAGCGAAAACGACAAAGGUUACGGCGAGCGGGAGUCUCGCUCUGCAUCCCGGAGUGUGAGUCCAAGGGGCUCUGGGAAGUCGGCAAGCCGUUCCCCAGGCCGGUCACCUGCCCGUUCUAAAGAAGGCUCCCACUCUAAGUCUCGGUCUCGCUCCAGGUCAAAAUCCGGGUCGCACUCCCAUCGUGGCUCAAAAAGACACUAUAGCCGAUCUCGCUCCCGCUCAAGGUCCUAUCGUCGCCGAUCUCACAGUAGGUCCUACAGUGGAGAACGCCGGCGCAGGAGCCAUAGCCGGUCACCAAUGUCCAACCGCCGCAGGCAUUGCGGCAAUCGUGCUAAUCCAGACCCAAACGGUUGCGUGGGAGUGUUUGGUCUGAGCUUGUAUACAACAGAACGAGAUCUGAGGGACGUCUUCUCUAAAUAUGGCCCCCUGGCUGAUGUCUCCAUUGUGUACGACCAGCAGUCGAGGCGUUCUCGGGGCUUUGCGUUUGUCUACUUUGAGACCAAAGAUGACGCUAAUGAGGCAAAGGAACGAGCUAAUGGCAUGGAGCUGGAUGGUCGUAGGAUCAGGGUGGACUUCUCCAUUACUAAAAGACCUCACACACCAACCCCUGGAAUCUACAUGGGUCGGCCCACAUAUGGCGGUGGUGGGGGUGGCGGUAGCGGCAGCAGUGGCGGAGGCGGAGGCGGAGGCGGAGGCGGUGGGGGUGGCGGGAGUAGCAGUGGAGGUGGUGGAAGUGGUCCAAGUGGUCCUCGACGCAAUUCUCGGGAUUCUCGGGACUAUGACCGUGGAUAUGACCGCGGGUACGACCGUGGAUACGAUCGAGGUGGCUGUGAACGCUAUGACGACAGGGACCACGACAGAUCAUACAGAAGGCGCUCUCCGUCCCCUUACUACAGAGGGGCGUACAGGUCUCGGUCCAGAUCGCGAUCCUAUUCUCCUCGUCGCUAUUGAACGUUGCUGUGAAGCCCGUCCAACUCCCACACAGGAACAAGAAGUGUUUCUGAGAGUGGAAUGACUGAUUUCAGUAUCGAUCUUCUUUUUUAAGUGGAUCUUCCGACUUCUGUUUGCUAACAUAUAUGAACAGUAAAUCUAUACUGGGAUCAGUUUUCUAGGCAGUGUCAUUUGACAUGAUUAAGCUGUCCCUUCAUGUUUCUAAUUUUAAAUGUAUAGGCAACAAAAAAUAUAUUAAUGUUCUUAUUAAUGUAUUUUUUUGUCUACAACAUUGAGUGAACGUUCAUUUUUGACCAAAUUAAAAGAAGGACCCUUUUUUUUCUUUUUACUUUGA